AGGGUGAUGGGAGAGAGUGGGAGUUCCAAAAUGACCCAGACCGAGACACCGGAGACGACGAAUCCCUCCACCAGGCCUAGCCGGGAGGUACCAAGUUGGGCCCGAUCCGCAAGAGAUCCCGCCCUGCCAUUGGUCCUUAGGCGUAGCCUUCCUCCAUUGACCAUGGAACCUGUCCUACAGCCAUGGACCGUACAGCCUCCGUCAUUGCCUGUGACACCUCCCGUUCCUGUGGAGCAAUUCACCGGGAGACUUAUCCUGCAGCGAUUGGACCCCGAAGCCCGAAGGGUUCUCAGCCAAAAGUACGUUUUCUUCCACGACAACGAGCUCCAGUAUCAUCCCACAAGGACCUUCCACCCGUGGAAGCCAGAAUAUCGAACCCACCCGUCUCCGCUAUCUAUAUGGAGUUACAGUUGCUAUCCCACCACGUUUGUCGACUACGACGUUCCCGAUGCCUCCAAGGUCCGAGUCUACAUGCCAAGAUUCGGUGCCCGCCGCUCCGGGGUGCCGGCAUUGCUGUGGUGUUCAGGAGGUGGCAUGGUGCUUGGAAACAUUGACAGCGACCAAGGCCUGCUCACACGAAUAGCCAGCAAGCUGCAGUGCGCCGUGGUUCAAAUCGACUAUCGUCGUGCACCAGAGCACCCAUACCCGACACCAGGCAACGACGUGGCUGCGGGCUACGAGUACGUGUACCGCAACCGCAGCCGCAUGGGCCUCAAUGGCUGUUUCGUUCUGGGCGGCGCAUCAGCCGGGGCAAACCUGGCUUUCGUCACCGCCCUGCGAAGAGUGCAGGCUGGCCUGCCGAUGCCCGUUGGCGUACUUCUCGUUGCACCGGCGCAGCUUGACAACACGCUGACCGUCGAAAGUUUUGACGGCUGGAGGAACAUGCAGCAUGCUCCAUGGACCGGUGUCGAUGCGGCCAUGAGUUUCAGGCAACUGUACCUUCCUCGUGGAGGACAUGCGAUAGAUUGGCAGCAGAAUCCCCUGAACUUCCCGGAUGAGAUUUUGAAGGACGCUGUGUUCCCACCGACGUUCAAUCUGCUGAUGGGUGUCGAUCUGUUCCUCGAGGAAGGAAAGAUGCUCACGGCCCGGCUGCGUCAACAUGCGCACGUCGUGAGGGAGAAGAUCUUCCCCGGUCUCCCGCACAUGGCCCCUGCGAUGGGCAGAAUGUUUCCCGAGGUGCUAAGAGAGAUACGAAAGAUUCUCAAAACCUUCUUCACCGUUGACGCCAUGGUGUACCACGACUUGCCCGGAGACCACGCCUUGGACGUGGGCAUGUCCCCACAGCACUGGCUGGCCGAGAUGUGUGCCGAAGAUGAUGAGGAUGUGUGCCAAUGUAACCGCACCGGCGUGCGUAGGUAGGCUGCGGCGGCGCUGGCAGUCUCGGUUGCAAGGUGGAAAUUCACCGUUACGACGGUGUGAUCAUGGGCAAAUUGUAAAACCUGGAGACGGUUGGUCAUGGGAAGAUUGGAAAACCCUUGGAGGUGGUUUGAUCAUGGGCAAAUUGCCAAAGAGAAAGGAAGGCUGAGCUACAAAGCAACGAGUCAGGCGGCGCUGGCGGUUCUGAAUCACACGAGGAAUACUAAUGUAUGACGGCUUGGUCACGGAGAAAAUUGCAAAAACAUGAGCUACAUAGCAACGAGUCUCGGAUAUCAG